AUGGAUCCUAAUUUUGACUUGCGAAAGCCAGCUGGCAUAUCAGGUCAAAAUGCUUGUAAGGAUGUGGCUUCUGCAACUGCUUAUUACCUAGGUAAGGGUUCAGCAGAUUUGGAAGCUCUGAUUGGGGAGAUUAUAUCAGGGGAUUGGUUGACAGAAAAGGAUGGAGUCUCUUACUUCUAUGGCCUGGAUAUAAAGAAUGCAAGUGCAUAUCUUAGUUAUCAGGGCUUUGAUCCUAAGAGACUGGCAGUUAAGAUUGAUGGAAUGAGGAAGUAUGAAGAUAGAAGGCAGUUUGACAUUGGACUGAUGGUGGCUAUUUCAAUAGAGAGAGGGAAUAAAGUAUCCAAGAUGCAUUUAGGCUCUACAGACAAUUUUAAAAGAACCCUAGGAGAACUUAUUGGUCUUUACGAUCUCAAAGAUAAAGCUGGCAAAGAUCCAAAUGCUAUAACUCUAUCUAGAGUUGCAGCAUCAUUUCCACACAUGGCAUGUACAUACAUGAACAUUGCCAUGAAUCCCACUUCUGAAGUUGUAGGCGGCGUUACUUUUACGCCGACCCAUUAUUAAUCAACAUAAAUCAACACAUACGAUUUAAAAGAGCU